AUAAAAAUAGCCAAGAUGAAUACUUUCAAUGCGCCAACAUCGCAGAUAAACGCUAUUGAUAAAGUUACAACUGUGAAGUGCAAAUCCGUGGAUUUAGAAGGAUACGUUAUUAUUGUGGUGCAGACCAAGGAUAAUAAAAUUAAAUUAUAUGGAUCACCGUCGGCAGGUAACCUGGAUAAUCUGGAGCUAGCUGAUGAAAUAAUGGACGUGAAUGAAACCAGGCUCGAAGAUAUGUCUCGUACGGAAGUAUUGAGUCAUAUACAUGAGUGCAUAUCGUCAUGUGUAAUAAAACUACGUGUGAAGAGAAGAAGUGAAACAAAGCUAUUAUCGGACAUCGGCCACAACAUUAUCCAAGAUGCCUUCCUCAUCGCUGUGGAGGAGCAGGCUCGCCAGCGCUUACAGCGGCUGUCUGCCCUCAAGCGGAUCACCCCUGUUGAUAUGUCCAAAUUGUCUGUAGAAUUGAAUCGAAGAAAACGAACGCAACCCGAAAACAAAGAACUGAACGGUUACAUUGCGAACUCAACAGUCUACGUUACAUCCAUAAAUGAGAACGGCGCAAUAGAAAGCAAGCCAGCUAUAUCAUCACCGAAAUCCCAGCCGAAGGCACUUCAAGCGAAACCAGCGCCGGUGAUCGCUAACGGCGUCCAGGAACCAGACAAGGAGGAUGUUAGUGAAAAGUGUAAUAGUGAAGUGAUCAGUGAUGCGUUAAAUGUGGCCAGAGAGCACUUGACUAACGGCCGGUGUGAGAAACUAAUUGGUGAAACGGAUAGGGUUCGAGCGCCCGGUGGGGAUAAUAAACUGACGCCGGGAGAGAAUCGACCGCGUCGCCGGUCGGGCUCCAGUAUCGUGGUGGUCGGCGCGGACGAGGAGAAACGACCGCCGCCGGAUGACGGGCCAGACAUGCUUACCAUGCUGUCACUCUCUUCAGAUACCGGACCUCACCGCGAGAUGGCGGUGGACGUGCCGGACAGUUUCAUCGCGCGAAACAAAACGCCCCCCCGCUACCCGCCGCCGCGCCCCCCGCAGGUACGCGCCCGCACCCGCGACGAGGAGCCCCUCCUCUCCUCAGGCGGUUCCGGCACUUCCUACGCGAGCAAACAGAGCGUCCUCCAGGGCAUGAACAUCUCCGGCCCGAGCUCGGACGGCUCUGGAAGCUUCAAGAACAACAGCACCAUGGAGUUGCUCUCUCUGCCACAGAGUUCGGACUCGAUCAGCUUCGGCAGCAAGAAAAGCAAGGGCUCCUCGGAGACGACCAAGUGCGAUAUGCUCUCCGAUAGUCAUUCAGUCGCUUCGAACGUGACGCACAAUUUGAGCGACAAGAUUCAGCUUUUGAUAUCGAAUGGAGACGAUUCUAUGCUAGAUUGCAGGGAGGGGGUGACUUACUCGACGCGAACGGACACCGUCCUGAUACGGGAGGCUCUGUACUCGUCGUACAAACUGCCCCCGGGGUACGACACCACGCCGGUGCUAUUGGGGCGCGAGGUGGCGGUCGAUGUCCCGGAUAACUUUGUUCAGAUAGUGAAAACGACGCCCAAAUACCCCAGUACUGUGGAUAGAAAGAGCAUGGUGUUUCAGCAACUAAACGGCACGACGAAAGGCAUUGCGCCCGCGGUGCCGCCGAGGGAGGCGCCGCGGGACGCGCCCCCGCGUCCCCCCGCGCAUGAUGUCACCAAGGACCACGUGGAAUCGAUUAAGAAGUACCAGGAACAACUCCGCCAACGCAAAGAGGCAGAGGAGAGGAUCGCGGCGCAAAAUGAAUUCCUCCGAAAUUCCCUCAGGGGCUCGCACAAACUGCAGGCGCUGGAGUCCAACCCUCCCAACACUACCUCAUUCGUCAACGAGGCCUAUGAGGAGGAUAUUGAAGAGACCUCACAUUUGUAUAAUAUUGUUGAUUACCAAGAAGUAUGCGCAGCGUUAUCCAGGGUACAAAAAGCCCUAGGUUCUCUCGGCGAGUCGGGUCUAGCGGCGCGGGUGGCCGGGGCAGCUAGCACACUGUGCCCCGGGCUGGCCACACCCCUCACCACCAGGACAGCUGUGCUUAACGCUGUGAGGCACAAGCGGCCUGGCCUGCCACCUCCUCAGACGCAGAGGGCGCAGGAUCGGUUAAAAGAUUGCAUAGACGUACUAGGCGCGCACGCGGCGUCAGGAGGUGCGAGCUCCGGCGCGGCGGCGGAGCUGGUGUCCGUGCUGGGCGGCCUCGAGCUGGAGAGCCUGCUGCAGGCGCACGACAGCGCCGCCGCCCUGCUGGACCCGGCUUGUUUUGCUAGGAAUCGGAAGACCGGCAACCACAGAGGCGAGAGCGACAAGUUCCCGCCCGCCAGCUCGCCGGACGACACCAGCGAUACGAUAAAGAUAAUUAAACUCGAAAAGACUAAUGAACCACUUGGUGCUACAGUAAGAAACGAGGGAGAAGCGGUGAUAAUCGGCAGGAUAGUCAGGGGAGGAGCCGCGGAGAAGUCAGGGUUGUUACACGAGGGAGAUGAGCUGCUGGAGGUGAACGGCGUGAGCAUGCGCGGCAAGUCGGUGCACGAGGUGUGCGGCGUGCUGGGCGCUUAGAGUGAUUCAAAAGGAGGAUUCAUACACAUGAUAAAAUCUAUUAAACCACUCAGGAAUUAUCGCGUGCGAAGCCGCGGGCAAAAGCUAGUUAACAAUAAUUAACGUUCAAACAAAACUAUUCCAGGUAUAAGUUUCCAAAAGGGUGAUGUGCUGCACGUGAUAAGCCGCGAGGACCCGAACUGGUGGCAGGCCUUCCGCGAGGGGGAGGAGGACCAGACCCUCGCUGGACUGAUUCCUAGUCAAGCUUUUCAGCACCAGCGUGAAUCAAUGAAGUUAACAUUAGCGGGCGAAGUAGCGGCGCGAGACAAGCCGCGGAAAGGAGGCACCUUGCUGUGCGCGAAGAAACCGCCGAGGAAGAAAAAGGGAAAGAAAGCGACCAGCGAGGCUGGAUAUCCUUUGUACUCCACCUCCGGGGCUGAUGAGUACGAGCAGGAAGAGAUCCUGACGUACGAGGAGGUGGGGCUGUACUACCCGCGCGCGUCGCACAAGCGGCCCAUCGUGCUGAUCGGGCCGCCCAACAUCGGCCGCCACGAGCUGCGCCAGCGCCUCAUGGAGGACACCGCGCGCUUCGCCGCCGCCGUGCCGCACACGUCCCGACCGCGCAAGGAGCACGAGGUCCCCGGGCAGGACUACCACUUCAUCUCGCGCACGCAGUUCGAGGCCGACAUACUCAACAGGAAGUUCGUUGAGCACGGCGAAUAUGAGAAGGCGUAUUAUGGCACGUCGCUGGAAGCGAUCCGCGAGGUGGUGAACUCGGGCAAGAUCUGCGUGCUGAACCUGCACCCGCAGUCGCUCAAGAUCCUGCGCGGCUCCGACCUGAAGCCCUACACCGUGUUCGUGGCGCCGCCCAGCCUCGAGAAGCUGAGGCAGAAGAAGAUACGCAAUGGGGAGGCGUUUAAGGAAGAAGAGCUAAAAGAGAUAAUAGCGACGGCCCGCGACAUGGAGCUGCGCUGGGGCCACCUGUUCGACAUGAUCAUCAUCAACAACGACACGCAGCGCGCCUACACGCAGCUGCUCAACGAGAUCAACAGCCUCGAGCGCGAGCCGCAGUGGGUGCCCGCGCACUGGCUCAAGCACACCUAGCGGCCGCCGCUCGACCGGCUGCCCCGCCUGCCCCGCCUGCCCCACCUGCCCCAGCUGCAGGAGCUCACUUUGCGAUCACGGAUUCUGCCCAAACUGCCCCAAGUGCAUCACGUGGAUCUGUCACACCCGUCUGCACUGUCGGAUGGUCCGUAUGUGGGACACCUGCCGGAUCAGCCCCAAAUUUUCCCAAUACUACAAAUGUCCAAACUUCUGCAUCUGUUCCAAAAUUCCCACUUGCCCCAUAUAUUCCAUCUGCCCCAACAAUACCAACUGCCCGAUAUGUUCCAUCUGCCUAAACCUCGAAGGUAUUAUAUUGCUUGCAGAACUGAUAAAGAUGUGGAACGAUGUAAUAAUAUCAUAAGUUAUGAUGAAGAUGAUGAAAGAGAAAACACUGGUGUUAUCAGAACUGAUAUCGAAGAUGCGAGGAAAUACGAUAUGCGAAAUCAAGUAACCAAUUUUGUUGGAAAUUUUGAUCUGUGUGAUUAUUCUGUUGACAUCAGAAAUUGUACUUUGUAUGAUGAUAAGAAACAUUCCAAGUGUGACAGAACUGAUGAUGGUGAUAUAGGAAAAAUGAAAAUACGUAACUGUUCCCUUGAUAUCGGAAAUUAUAAAAUACCCUCUGAUGUUUUUAAUAACAAUGGUGUCGGAAAUGGUGAUCCUACUGGUUCUGUUAGGAAUGCUGAUCAUAGUAAAACCAAACCAAAACUCACAAAAUCUGAAACAACAAGGCGAACGCUGUCUCACGCAAUUGGGAUCAAUAAUUCUAACAUGACCAGUAAUCAAUCAUCAUCAGAUUUUAAUUCAGAAGAACCCACAUUUCAAUUCGAUAAUGAUAAAAUAAUUCAAACUAUUAAAAUACAGAGAUCACACCAAUAUCCCGAUAUCAACGGACGCGUUCAACGAUCACACCCAUCAAUCUCUGUGGUCAACAGAAAUAUCCUAAAAUUGUUGCUCCUAGUGGGUUUGGUGACGCGAAUGUUUAUACAUUUCCUUGGGAAGUUAGUGGGCGCGAUAAAGAGUUCUGUUCAUGGAGUAGCGUAGACUGAUGAAGAUUUAGUACGUUUCAACGUGUUUCAUCACCACUCUGAAGACUGUUCUUAAUUUAUUUCGAUUUGUCCAAUCGAUACGAUCUUGGUUUUCGCUUCCGCGACGGAUCGCGCGUUCGUUGAACGAUAUUUGUUUCUCGAACAUUCGGUGAUUUAAAUGUUAAUCGUACACAUGUCUUGAAAUUAUAUUAACACUGGCAAUAAUUGUCGUGGAGUGUCGGCGUAGGUGAUAAAAUAUAUUUGUAUCGGUUUCGUGUAACAACUUUUAAUACUGCCUUAAAAUUUUUAAACGUUAAACAUAGUUGUUUGAUAAUAUUAGAAUAUUCGAUACGAUUAUUUGGGUUCGAGCUAAACUCCACUGUUGAAACGCUUCUAAUUUUAAUAAAUCAUUAGGUAACAAUAUAACCAAUAAUUUUCAUGUUCGUGAUGGAUCAAUAUUUAAUCAAUAAUGUUGUUAAUAAUCAAUAAAAUAAUAAUUUUCUACAUUUAACAUUAGAAUCAUUUAUCCGAUUAUAAUUAUUAAAAUUUUAUAAUAACAAAGUAAAUUUUAAAAAUAUUAAAAUGGUUAAAAUUGCUAUGUUUUCAUGUUAUCGGUGGUUUUUAUAUUCAUAAUAUAUAACAAAACUAAUAACUAAAUAUAUUAACAAAAUAAAACUAUACAUAAUAAAGCGAUUAUAAAAAUAUUUCAUUACUUCCAAAAAUUUUGCAGUAGCUUUUAAAAAAUAGUAACUUUUUGGAAAUUUUCUCCUGUAGUAUCUUGUGGGAGGUAAAUCAAUGGUAGAUUUUAAAUAUUAACAAGUAUAUUGGACAGUGUUUAAAAUCAGCUGUAAUAGCGAGUAGAAAGCAAUAUUUUAACCUAAAAACGACAUAUCUGUUUUAUAUUAUAUCUAUACCUAUACCUUAAUAGUUUCACACGUGUCUAUUAAUAAAUACUUCAUGAUGAAGGCGUUACACGGUUAAAAGUUUCACAUUUUUCACAAAUUCAUAUAUAUUUAAGACUUUCAACAUUCCAAAGUUAGUUUUUGUAUUAACUCUUGUCCAAUGAAAUUUGCAUUGCAAAAAUGACGCCAAAAUCGUAACGUAAAAUGUUUACAACACAAUAAACACAAAAUUCCUCGAUGUAAAGUAUUAAAUAGUUAUCCAAUAAGAAAAUUGCAGCUGUGAAAAUUCUAAAAUAUGUCCAUGUUCAAAUUUAGUACCUACAUAUGUAUGCAGUUAGUUUCGAUUUUUUAUAUUAUAAGUAGACAGAAAAGUGCAUUCCAAAUAAAUAAGUGCCAAAUACUAACCACCUUUCGUGGUGUUACUAUUGAUAACAAUAACUACCUUGUAAUAUUUCUAAUAAUCACAAUUUUGCAAUGUACUUAGUGUGGGCCCACUGACGAAUUUUACAAUCGGAAAAACACAAUACAUGCAUCUACACAAACCGAUUGAUUUAUGCUAGUGAUAUUGUUUUUUAUGCAGUUGCCAAAAUCCAAUUACAGAUAAUAAAACGUAAUACAAUAAUUUAGUCGAAUAGUAAAAUACCGUCAGAGAGCGCUUAGCAUUUGUGUAUAUUAAUUAAUUUAUAUUUUACCGAUUGAUGUACCGGUACGGAUAUCGUGUUAUUUUUAUAUAUUGAUCGAUUUUUAUUAAUGUAAGUUUGAGUAUUUUGUGGUAGCCUGUGGAGGUGCUAAUGUAAACUAGAAUUCUAUGUUAUCUGUAUGAUUUAUGAAACGUGCAUUGGAUGUAUUCGCAAAUUUAUUUGUAUUUAAACGAAAUGUUUUUUGCCCCAUGUAUUUUAAUAUACAUUUUGUGCACGUAUUCAAUUGUGGAUUUGUCGAACUUCACA